UCCAUACCCACUCUCUCGAUUCUUACGACGAUGUCUGGAAAAGGUGCUCAUCCCGCCCGCCACGUGGACCAUGACAAGCACGCAGGUAACAGUAUUCACCAGUGAUACUUAACUAUUUAACAUCCCGGUCGGUUUCCGUUACUUCGGUUUAAGAGCAUCUCUAGAUUUCAUCAUGGGUCUAUUCUCACACCAUCACCACCAUCAUCACCACGGGCCUGGGCAGAAGCCUCCUGGGCCUCCUGGUCCCCCAGGGCCUCACCACCACUCUCCUCCUCGUCACCAUCACCAUCCUCAUCAUCAUCACCCGCACCAUAACCACAAUCCCCAUCAACCAUCAGACGGCCCCAAUGGCCCCAACGGUUCCUGGGUAUACGGCCAGGGUCCCGGCCCUGGAGACCGUCCUCCUAGUCCCCGCGGACCAUCAGGGCCUGUACAGUUACAUCAUAAUCAUGGUCCUGGCGGUCCUCCCCCGCCUGGACACCAUGGACACGGUCAUGAUCAUGGUCCUGGUCCGAGACAUCACGAAUUUCAUCCACAGGGACCUCCGGGUCAUGGCCCUGGCGGGUUUGGUGGUCCUCCUGGACCUGGUUUUGGAUCCGGUCCUCAUGGAUUCCAACCUCAGGGCCCUUCGGGGCCGGGUAUGCAUGGGCCUGGACAUGGACCUGGACAUGGGCAUCCUGGACACCACGGGCAUGGACCGCAGGGGUGGUGAGUCGAAGUUGAGUUACUAAAUACGUGGAUAGACUGACUAGGCUAAGAGAUGGAGAGGAGUGUGGCGAGAAUAUACUCGGCGUUUAUUGUCCACUAUCUGGGUUGUGUACGAGUUGGGCUGUCUUGUCUUUUUAUUUUGGAUGUAUAUAUACCAAUAACCAGCGUUCCUUCUCUUCCUUUCUCUUCUUUACUAGGGGACCUCUAGAUGGAAAUGUCACUAUUUCC